ACCACGCACGCAACGCAACUCGAGGCCAAGGCUCGAACCUUCUCCUCCUCCUUCCUUCCUCUCGCCCCCCACGGGAACGAAACCGAAGCCCGACUCCUCCACCCGAUUCCAGCCCUUCUCGAGACGCCCGCGCCCGAGUCUCGAUCCGCCGCCGUCUCCCGGCCGCGUCAGGCGCGGAGGAGCCGCGCGCGUUCGCCCCCUUCCCCGCUUGUGCGUUGGGUUGGUUGCAGAUGAGGCGGUUGCUGACGGUGGAGGCCGCGGGCGUGGCGGCCUCGUCGGCCUUGGUGCUGAACGGGGCGGUGGACUGGUGGCGCGAUGUGAACGAGUCGCCGCUGUGGCAGGACCGCAUCUUCCAUGCCCUUGCCGUGCUCUACGGCGUCGUCUCCGCCGUCGCGCUGGUCCAAUUGAUCAGAAUCGAGUGUAGGGUGCCCGAGUAUGGGUGGACGACACAGAAGGUGUUCCAUUUCCUGAACUUCCUUGUGAACGGAGUGCGGUCCAUUGUGUUUGUGCUGCGACACAAUGUGCAGCUCGUACAGCCUGAGAUAAUUCAGCAUGUGCUUCUUGAUAUGCCUGGGCUUGCGUUCUUCACGACAUACGCACUUUUGGUGCUGUUCUGGGCUGAGAUUUAUUAUCAGGCACGUGCAAUGUCGGUUGAUUCACUUAGGCCAACUUUCUAUUGGAUCAAUGCUGUGGUCUAUGCAAUUCAGAUAAUUCUAUGGUUGGUUUUUUGGUGGAAACCAGUUCGACUUGUGGUCAUCGUGUCAAAGAUGUUCUUUGCAGGUGUAUCACUAUUUGCAGCUUUUGGGUUCCUUCUCUAUGGAGGGAGGUUAUUCCUAAUGUUGCAGCGUUUCCCUGUAGAAUCAAAAGGAAGGCGUAAGAAGUUGCAGGAGGUUGGCUAUGUGACUACGAUCUGCUUUUCUUGUUUCUUGAUCAGAUGUGUCAUGAUGUGCCUCAACGCAUUUGAUGAAACAGCGGACCUUGAUGUUCUGAACCAUCCAAUUCUGAACUUCUUUUAUUACUUGCUGGUUGAGAUCUUACCUUCAGCUCUGGUGCUCUUCAUUCUAAGGAAAUUGCCACCAAAGCGUGGGGUAACACAGUACCAUCCUAUCCACUAGAGCAGCCCUGGCGGAGACUGGCAAAAUGUUUUCUUAUGGAUAGUCUAUACAGCAUGGUAAAUACAGAAAGGCAGAGUGAAAAGUUCCAGCUUGCCCAGCUUUUAUAGUUUAUACGAGGGAACCUUUAGAAUCUCUAGGUUGCUAUCGUGUGUAAAAAUGCGAUCUCGUGCUGCCACAGUUCUAGAAAAUGUAACCUAUAUACCUUUGUUCUUCUUAGUGCAUAUCAUCUGUACACAUCACAGCAAUUGUUGUUGUGUUUUGAUCCCCUGGCCAAUCUUC